AUCAGAAAGAUAAAUGAUUUAAUUGGAGAACAAGGAAUAGUUUUUAACAAUAUGUUUGUAAGCAGUCCAUUGUGCUGUCCUAGUAGAUCCAGUAUAUUUACAUGUAAAUAUGUCCACAAUCAUCAUGCUAUAAAUAACUCUGUCAGUGGGGGUUGCAGCAGUCAUUCAUGGCAGACAGAACAAGAAACAAAUACUUUCCCUGUUUAUUUACAAAAACAUGGAUAUAAAACAUUCUUUGCUGGCAAAUAUCUCAAUCAGUAUGGGUUUCCAAAAACUGGUGGUCCUGAACAUGUCCCUCCUGGCUGGGAUUGGUGGAAUGGUCUGGUUGGUAAUUCACGUUACUAUGGAUACAGUGAGUCAGUGAAUGGUACUAAAGUAAAACAUGGUAAUGAUUAUCAUACCGAUUAUUAUACUGAUGUUAUACAUAGAAGAGGUGUAGAAUUUUUGUCCCAACAAAACAGUGAUAAUGGUCCAUUCUUUAUGAUGUUAUCAACACCAGCUUGUCAUGCUCCUUUUACCCCAGCACCACAAUACAGUGGUAAUUUCUCUAAUAGGUCGGCACCCAGAGAUCCUAUAUACAACACUAGAGGUAAGAAUAAACAUUGGCUAGUGAGAAAUGCCCUAUAUCCAAUGCCUAAUGAUACAGUAGUGAGAGUAGAUGAAGAGUUCCGAAAUAGAUGGAGAACAUUACUAUCUGUUGAUGACAUGGUGGAAGAUAUAAUCACAUUAUUAAAAAAUAAAAAUCUUUAUCAUCAAACUUAUUUGAUAUUCUCUUCUGAUAAUGGCUAUCAUUUAGGUCAGUUUUCUAUGCCAGAAGAUAAAAGACAGUUAUAUGAGUUUGAUAUUCGAGUACCGUUGAUGAUUAGUGGUCCUGGUAUUAAACCAGGUCAAACUCGAGAUGAUAUGGUUAUGAAUAUAGAUAUCGGUCAGACUAUAUUAGAUCUAGCAGGAGCUGGUACCAUGUCACAAGCAGACGGUAUAACCCUGGUACCAUUAUUUCCUACAGACCACAAACAUCUCAAUAGAACUGAGAUUCUUAUAGAACAUUCUGGAGAAAGUCAAGAAAAUAUUAAAGGUUGUCCGCAACUUGCUGGUCAAAGAAUGGCUAAUUGUGAUAACCAUUGUGUUUGUGAAGAUUCAUGGAACAACACCUUUAAUUGUUUAAGAUUAAUGACGACCAGUAAAAAUUAUAAAUAUUGUCAGAUUUAUGAAACAAAGACUUUUAUCGAAGUAUAUGAAUUGAACAGUGAUAUAUGGGAGGAAAAUAAUAUAAAGGAUGAUAUUGAACCAUCGUUAUUAAAAUAUUUUAAUACUAGAUUACAGAAGUUAAUUAAAUGUCUAGGCAACACCUGUUAUUAA